AUGCGACCAGACAUCCGGAUGCCGGAUACCUUUGGCAACGACUAUGGAGAUUGGCAGCAGGGCUACAUCGAAGACGACCAUGAGUCUCCGUCUGAUGUGAUUAUGGCACUAAACAUUUGCAACGGCAUGAUGGGCUGCGCCUUCUUUGAUGCCGGAAACGAGCUGCUAAAGGUAUCUGACGACGUUCCGGAAGCCGCCAUGAGUGUAUCGGAGCAAUUUGCAGAGUAUGCACAGGCAACGACGCUUCUUAUUUCCAAUAGAGCUUCUCCGGAAUUACAUGACUACAUCCAAAACUGCUUACCGAGUUACAAGGACAUCUUAAAGCACAUUUCGUCCUCUGAAUAUUCAACCGAGUCUGCUAUCCAAAAACUCAGCAGUGCGGGCAUCGACUGGUCCUCAGCGUUCGAGUCAAGUUCGAAAACUUCGGCCGACAGUGGCUUCUGUAGCAGUAAUGUACUUCAUCAAUUGAGACUCGACGUACAUCAAAGAGAGCAAUUGGGUGGACCUACUAAUGCCCUGAACAUCGAAAAUCCCGUGUCUGUUGGUUGUAUUGGUGCUGUUCUGUCUGAGCUUGCUCGGAAACAGCUCGCGAGCCGCAGCAUGCCAUUUGAGAUGGAACCCAUGAUUCGAGUGAGAUCAAUCGAGAGGUUUUCGUUGAAGCACUACGCAUUUGCCAGCCCAGAAACACUUCAGUCUUUACAGAUCUUCCAUCCAACGUUUCAACCAAAGAGUCGGCCUUUAGGACCAGAUAGUCGUACUCAUGGCGAGGGAGAGAAUUUCUCCAUCUAUGGUCUAUUGCAUAGAUUUAUUCACACGAAUCAAGGCAGAUCUGCGUUAAGUGCGCUGCUUCGGAAACCGUUGUCCAAUAUUGAGAUGAUUGAAAGCCGUCAACAAGUCAUUGCUCUAUUCCUUAGGCCGCAGAACAGACAGACGACUCAUGAUAUGAGCCAAGGACUCCGAAAAGUCAAGGACAUGAAAUCGACUCUUCGUGUUUUCGUGAUUCAAGCUGUGAAAUUACCGAGGUUGCUUCACGCAUUAGCAGCUUCGGGCCAACACCAUCUCAUAAAUGAUAUUGCAUCAAAAUUUGAUAUAAACUCACUCACAUCCAUUGGCGAAUUGAUACAUUCCACCAUAGAUUUCUCGCAAGGUGAACCGCAAGAGUUAUUGACGAUACGGCCUGGUACUGAUGAGACGUUGGACCAAAUGAAGAGGCAAUAUGAUGGCUUGAGCAGCUUUCUAGCAAAUGCAGUGCAGUCUUUCAGAGAAGAAUGUCCUACAUGGUUUGCGAAGCACAUCAGGUCCUGCGUAUACCUUCCUCAGCUUGGAUUUCUCCUUGCGAUCGAAAAAGAUGCGGACAGUGCAGAGAGAUUUUUGGAAGAAAACCGCAGUGAUGUUUGGGAACGAAUAUUUGUUGCAGAUGAUGCGGUUCACUACAAAAACGGCAGCAUGCGACAGUUGGACGAGAAAUUUGGUGACAUCUAUUGCAAGAUAGCAGGUAGGCUGGACAAGCUCGAUGGAAACAGCGGUGCUGAUCAUGAUUAG